AGUAUAAGAAGUGGUAGAUCUUUUCUGUGCCAUUUCUAUGCUUUCAGUUUAGUUUGUCUUAAACUACAAUAUUUUGGCGUAUGGAAAAGAUUUCACAGCGGUUUAGUGUGUAGAGAAUCAUUGGACCAUCUUGCUUGUUUGUAGCAAAACAUUAGUUUCAGCAACCAGGAAGUGGCGGUGUGAAUUUUGCAUAGUGCAUCUUUAACAAAAAUCCCCUGUACAGAAGACACCAUGGUCCAGUGACUUAUGUUUAAUGUAAUGGAACUGAGCCAUGAUCAAGGGCUAGUGGGUGUCCUCCACGAUGUGCUGCAUGUCAUGAGACGCCUUUCUCGAUCAAAGAGAAGAUUUACACGUUUUUGGAUUACUUCGUGCAAAAUGUUUUUUUUUUUUACAUUUUCUCAAUGCGAACUGGACAUGGCCAUUUUGAGACUCUUGUUUCCAUGAAUUGAGAAUGAAGACUAUUGCUAAGACCUCAUUUGGCGUCCCGUUUGCCACCGCCACCUGCUCUAUCUCUGCCAAGAGUGCCUUCCGUUUGAUCUUCAUGUGGCGGACUCUCUUUAGAAACCUGCACUGUAACCGGUCUCUUCAGGAGAAGCUCUUUGCAGAGAUCCCAUUCCCACCACACAAGUACUGGGUCCAGUGGCUGGUUCUGGAAGAGACUGUUCCUCUGCCCUCUGUGAGACUGCCUUGCACUGACAUAGAGAGCUUAUGGGGAAUUGAGAAGGAAGUGUUGGAAGCUAAAGUCCAAGUGUUUUGUUCUUUGGCAGAGAAAGAUGAGGAUGAGGGCAGAAUGCUGAAGUUCGACUGGAAGGAGCUGUAUGCCUUGGCUCUUGAGCACCAUGGAAGCAUUGCCAAGGUUUUCCAGCAUGUUCUCAACCAACAGAGCAAUGACCACUAUGAGCUGGAGGCCAUGUUCAGUCAGUACAGCCAGUGUCGCUUCCAGUGGCUCUUCACCUACUGGUUGUUCCGCCAGCCAGCGCCCUUCGCUAGGCAGCUCAGGGCCAUCUACCUGCAGUGGCAGAAGCACAGCAAGAGGAAGGUGGUGUCCUGGGGAGGCACGUUGUGUGACAUCAGGUACCUGGCCUCAUUGCAUCACAUCACCAGCGACUACUGGCGGGGCAAGCUGGCCCAGGGUGACGAGACUGUGGGAAUUCAGACGGUGGAAAACUAUUUCUCCAUGUGCAAAUCCCUGGUGGCCUGGAUUUUAGGGCGUGACUGGGGCAGAUUGAAACGCAAAAAGGUGUAUGAGGACACGCUGGAGGGUGUGUACCUGCUGCUGAGGAGGGAGAUGCAGGAGACCCUGGUGGAGCACGAGAGGUUCUGGCAGGUGGCCAAGGUCCAGAUGACCCGAGUGUGCACCCUGGAGGAGACUGCUGUAAACUACGUCAACUGGAAGAUGAUUGCAACGCUGCCCUACUACAAGCUGUACAUGGUGUCAGGCAACAUGGUGUACUUAGACCAUGUGCAGGGCUUCCUCCACAGGAAGAGGCUGGUCCAUGACUGGUUCUUCAUGAAGGAGAACACCUGGGUCAGACAGCUGCUGCCUGGUGACCUCUACCCUCUGCUGGAGUUUGACACCAAGAUCUCCCAAGACAGCCUGCACGGAGACUCCAUGCCAGCCCAGCUGAGCAGGGUGAUCUGGCUGUACCUCCACUCUGGACGGCAGCUCUACCUGGAGGCAGUGAAAGGCCUGGUGCUGCAGUGUGCUCAGGCCAGUCUGGGCCACUUCUGCAGCCUCUCCCCUGGCGCCUCUGUUCAGCCCGUUGUCAGCUAGCUGGCUAACAGAUUGACCACUCUGUUUUUAGAGCCUCGACGAGAUGUACAGUACCCCUUUUUUUUUCUUCACUGGAUCCAAUGUCCACAGUGCUUUUUAUCACUUUUUACUGUAUUUUAUCACCACUCAGAUUUUAGCUGGUGGGCUGGAAUUAAUCUAGAUUUUUAACUUUUUAAUCUUUAUCAAUAGUUAAUGAAAUGUAGGCUAUUGAUGUACAUUGUAGAAACCUUGUUUGCUGUCAUGUAAUUACUCUACAGCCAACAUUUGGGGCAAACCAUUGAAGUGUUGGCAUUGAUCAAUCAUUCUCAAAUGGUGGUACAUUUUUUCAAAGCCUAACAAUUCUUGGCCGAUUAACAAAGGCUAGAAACUUAACAGUGCUGGGUUGCUGUAUAAUGAAUAAACAACUCUGACAAACUUU